UUCAAGGUGCGCUCGUUGCCGCCGGAGGACGCGAGAUUGACUUGGGCAGCGGUACUCGGUGUCCCGCGCGCGAUGAGCUCCAGUUCAUCGGACGAGCACGAGUUGUACCUGCACAUGCAGGCGACGAUGCAGCGCCGGCAGUCGUUGUCGUCCCCGCACCCGCCACGCUUCAAGCUCGCCAAGACCGCGCCGACGCGCCUUCAGCAUGCGCUCCAAGAAGACACACAGCAAAACCUUGUCGCGCUCUACUACUGGCGGCAAAAGCAAACGGCCGCAUUCUUUGAUCAAUGGCGCCGCAUCACCGCCAUCCAACUGCAGAAGCACAAGACGCUCAGUGCGAUCCGCGCCGAGAGUCGCCGCGCGAGCAACCACAGUCUUCUCCAGCGCCACCAGCAGCAGAAAAAGAACGCCCACUCCGUAGCUGCAGAGUCGAGCGACGAGAGCUCCGACGACAUGCGCGACGUCCAACGUCGCCGGCUCAUACGCCCUGCGCCAACCCGAAAACCCACCGCCAUCGCCGACGCCCAAAGCGAACGUCGACGGCAGUCGCUGCUCCGAGCCCGGCACGAGCAAACGCGACCUCCGACGCAUGCGGUUGAGCCGGCAAAAUCACGAUUCGCAUUGCUCUGCCACCCGUUUCGGCGGUGGCGGGCGCGCACCGAGGCAACGCGUCCUGCACGUGAAGCGCAAUAUGCGCUGGCCGUCGACCACGCCAGCACGCGGCUCCUCGCGCUUGCGCUCGUUGGCUGGCGACGCACGAGUAUGACAAAGCGCAAGUCGACGGACGCCCGUCGCCAUUACCGGCAUAGCUUCCUGACGACAAUUGUGCACACGUGGCACCAUGUCACGUCAAUUCAUCUCUGCGGCGUGCAGGUGCAGGAAAGGACGUCGCAACGACUCUUGGCAGGUCGAUGGCGCCGAUGGCUGGCGCGCGCAGCACGAUGCCAGCGCCAACGUGUGCUUGUCUUUUUCGCGCAGUCGCAACGCGCGUCUCGACAGAUGCGGCGCGUGCUUUGCACCUUCUCGACGUACGCCAAGCACCGCGCGCGUAGUCGAUACAAGCGCACGAUCGCCAUCGCGUUUGUGCACCGACGCACGCUGCGCCGGGUGUUUCUCGCCUGGCACGAGAUCGCCGCGAUCGACUUGGAGGCGGAGCGGCAGGCGCGCUAUGUUGUCGCCCAGCGCGCCGGGCUCAGUCGCUGGCGACGUUACGUGCAGAACGUGCUGCAAGGUCGACACGCGUCCAGCAUUGCGCUGCACUGGUAUGUGCGCGGGCGCCAAAAAGCGGUGUUUCGGUACUGGCGCCGGUUCUUGCACCUUCGACGCCACGCCAUGUACCUCGACGCCAAGGCCGAGAGGCACGCGCACCGACGCCUCUUGCAUCGUAUCGCGGGCCACUGGCGCGCGUACUUGGUUUUGUGCGACGAGCAGCGCGUCAAUGUCGACAUGGCUGUCGCACACCGCAGCACUGUGCUGCAACUCGCAGCGUUCCGUGCGUGGCGGGCCGUCUACACGGACGUGCUGUGCACUCGCACUGCAAUUUUGCACCACAAUUGCGCAAUGACGCACACCGCGAUGACGCAUUGGCGCCGGCGGGUGCGCGCCAUCCUCGACGCCAGGCGUCGGGAGGAGGACGCUGCAUGGGAUUACGAUCGCCGGUUUUUGCGACGGCACUUGACGCGAUGGCGCGAUAUAGCCCACCGGCGACGGUACCUCGCGCUUCGAAGCGAGCGACUGCACGCACGAUGGAACGCGGAGCGCAAGCACCGCAUCCUCCAUGCGUGGCGGAGCUGGGCGACAACCAAAGCUGGCUACCACCGUAUUUCGUCACUGCUGCGCUCGAAUCGACGACGACGACGGCUCGAUGCGCUCUUUGAUGCUUGGCGACGAUGCGUGGCCAGGACGCAGGCGUCGGCGGCGCAAGUCGUUGCACUGCGAGCGACACAUGUGCGCAGAGCAAAGGCGUAUGGCCUGUACACGUGGAGACUCGCAGUGCUUGGCAUGGACUUGGCCGAGCACACGCGGUACCAGCAAGGCCUCCACUGUUUUCACGCGUGGCAGCGCUGGGCCGCGCGGCAGCGAUUCCUUGCCGCGACGAUGAAGACGCGUGACGCGCACCGCCGGAACCGAUGGCUGCAAAAGACGUGGCGGCACUGGGUCGCCCUGCAUCGAGCACUGCGCGCUCGGUACGCGCUACUGCUAAGAGCCUACCAGCUCUACCGCAUCCGAGUGCUCAACCGGUGUUUCAAGCCGUGGGGAUUCUUUACUCUUGCCCGGCGCGCUCGCCGACGCGCGCUCGUGCACUACGCCCGCGCGCUUCUCCGGCGCAUUCUGGGACGCUGGAAGACGCUGACGCCUGUACUCGCUGUCGCGAACGCACGCCGACGUCGUGCGCAGUCGCAGCUGGCAAGCACGCUUUGGCGCCGGUGUUUUCGUCGCUGGGUCGCGUUUGUGACGUGCGCUGUGCAUACCCGCGAGCAGAAUGCUAUCGCGGACGAGCUCCUCGCUUACCACAGCCUUUGGCACGCGUGGCGGGCUUGGCGCUUUGUCCGCCACCGCCAAGAGAUCCAGCGACGGUGGCCGGCACAGUACGCGACGCAGCGCCUACGACAUGCGGUUGCAUCUUGGCACCGACACCUGCAUGCGUGCGUCGCACUCCGUACACAGACGACCGACGCGCGCCGGUACUUUUUGCUCGGCCUACAGCGACGACUGUGGCACCAGUGGUGGCAGUACGUGCAGCAGCAACGCGCCCGGCGCGUGCGUACGCGCGAGACCAUCGAGCACCUGCUUUGGUUUCGCGUCGCUCAGCGUGUUGUGUACUGGCGGCGAGAAGCUAUUGCUACAGCCCAUCGUCGGUCGCGAAUGGUGUUGGGCCAGACGAAAAGCCUGGCGCGCCAGCAGCGCCGCACGGUGCACCACUGGUGGAUUCACAGCCGCCUGCUGCACGACCGCAGACAACGCGCCAACACAGCAGCGGCGUGGCGACGCCAAAAGCAAGUCCGCCGCCCGUUUCUAGCCUGGGCCGCCACGGCGGCACGGCAGCGACAGCUUCGGAAAGAGGUCACGGAGCGUUUAGGGUACCGCUCCAGCGUGAUUGCUGGCCGCGUGCUGCAGGUAUGGCGUGCCUUCACGGCCAAAGCGCUCACGAAGCGAGCGGCGUCCGAGCACUACCUGCAGUGGAGUCUGCAGCGGCGCAUCUGGCAGUGGCACGCAACAGCAACUCAGGACCGCGAGCUUCGGCGUCGUCUCGGGCGCUCCGUCCACGCCAUCGUCGACACGACGCAGCGAGGUGUCUGGCGCGCUUUGGUCUCGUACCUCCGAUGGCGGCAGCGCAAGCAGCAGAACUUGCGCGUCGCAGCCGACCAUGCGCGCCAGCAGCUGCGUCGCCGCGUCUUCGUGCGCUGGUUCGACGUCUACCGUCGACAGUUGCGACUACGGGACGGUCUUCAGAUGCGCCGCGCGAGGCUUCGGCGUCGCGUUCUCGUUGCUUGGUCGGAGGUCCGAGCCCAAAAGGUUGCAGGGCGAGAGCAGUCCAAGAGAGCAAGUACACACCGAAGCCAGGUGAUACUGCGACGCGUACUCGGGCAAUGGUGUGUCGUGCAGCAACGCUCCCAGCUACAUGACGAGGCGCUCGUCCAGGGUCUUCGCCGUCGCCAUCUUCGCCGAAGCUCAUGGUGCCAAUGGCGGCAGUAUGCCACCGGGGUUCGCCUUCUCCGCCUUGCGACGCGAAAAUGGCAUCUACAAAGUCGUCUCAAGUGCUUUCAAGCAUGGCAGCGGUACACGGCGCGCACGCAACGCAAGACCCGGAAUGCGACGGUGAGCACGUGGCUCUUCUUACGCCAGACGCGCAGCCGCAUCGUUCGCCACUGGCGACGUGUGUGUGAAAGGCGGCACGAGCUGGCACGGUGCGCAGAGCUUGCCGCUCGCAUGGCCUCGACACGCGUCUACCGCGUCGCGUGGCGCCACUGGCAGCACUUCAGCCGAGACGCCCAUAUCGUCCGGUGCAAGCUAGCGCAGGCUCGAGCGUCGCGCUCGCAACGGCAGCUCGGGGCAUGUUUCCGGUCGUGGGUUCAUCGGUCCGCGCUCAAGCGCGUGGAACACGCCAUGGCGAUCGAGCGCGCCGAUGCCAUCGGUCUCCUCAAGCUCGAACACGGUGUUGACACGUGGCGGCGGCGUGCGGUAAUGCAGCGGCGCUACCGCGUGCUUCUCGACCGAGCGGCGGAGCAUCUUCGGCAGCGACGUCUCGUGCAGGUGUUGGACACUUGGGUCGCGUAUCGCUAUGCACAAAAGGAGCGGACUCUCCAGGUGGAAAUAGCGUCGUCGCAUUUUGCCCGAACGUCGCAGUCGACGCACUUUGACGCGUGGAUCGAGUACUCGUUUGUGUGCUAUCAAAAGCAGCACGCGCAAGCGCACUACACUCGGCGGCUCCUCACGUCGCUCCUCGCGCGGUGGGUUGCUGCUCUCGCAGCGUCCAUGGUCUCGCCCGAAGAGCUCGCUUUCGCGCACGCGUUUCGGCGCAAAGGUAUCCUGCGCGGCGUGUGGCGGGCGUGGCGCUGCUACAACGUACACCGUCUCCAAGAACGCAUGGCCUAUCUGCAUGCCAGCCGCCAGCGACUGCAUGCCGCGUGGUCGUCGUGGCGCCACGUUAUCCAUUUUACGCGGCAACUGCGGCACGCACGGGCGUACUUCAGCGCCUCGUCGCUCUUUGUGCACUUUCUUCGGUGGCGGCGCGCCAUCGAGGUCCGCCAAUCGCACCGACGCAGUGCGCAUCGGCUACGCCACCUUCGACUGACGCACCUCGUGUCACGAUGGUGCGCGUACGCCGACGUGGCGUCCGACAGCAGGUUGCUGCAGCAAACCGCUGUCAACGCCGCCUACAAGGGGGCGCUGCGGCACCAUUUCCGCUCGUGGCGGGCGACCACCGAUCGACGUAUCGCGCACGUGCGUCUUGUCGAGCGAGUGCGGAGCCAUUUAUGCAGUCAGAGUGCGCGGACUUCGUUUGAGCUCUGGGAUCGCUACACGGCAAUCCGGCGAAGCGACCGAGAGGCAACGGAAUUGGCUGCGUGCCACUGGGUCGCGACCAAGCAGCGUCUCGGGCUCCUCGCCCUUGCGCUUGGUGUUGACGCCGCCCACAAUCGCCGGGUGCACGCAGCGAGGGUGCGUGUCUUUACACUGCAACACGCCCACCGCCGCGCGUUCCUCGGCUGGGUCGGCGCCUCGCGCGUGGUCAAAGCAACGCGGGUGCUGCUCACCAACGCGCAGGGCCACUUUGGGAGGAAGCUCCUGCGCCAGAGCUGGCAGCAAUGGCGAGUGCACCAAGGCUACCUUGUGGACCUCCGUCAUCGCCUCUAUACCGCGCGCCACGUCUUCUUUAGUUCACUCGUGUCGCGGUCGUUUGCGCGCCUCAAGACGUUUGCGCUCCGAAAGCGCCAGCUGCGCUCGCUCACCAUCUCGCAGCUGCAUCGACUGCAAGCCACGAUCUUUGGCUGGUGGGCUACCUAUUGCCAAAAGCGAAAAUGUCGUCGGCACCGCGCGACCCGCGCCAUCAAGCUGCACCGACAGUCCCGUCAGCGGCAUUGGUUUGCCCACUGGCGCAGCGUGGCCUGCGAGCGCUGGAUGAGUCACUGGCUCGUCGCACACGCCGCGACGUUGCGUUCGCAGCUCGCCCUCUUGCACGGCGUUCGUCGCUGGCACUUGCGCACACAACGUCGACGCCACUUCGCCCGCAUGGUCUCGCACCAUCGACGGCCGCGGGACCUCGAUCGUUUACGUGCGUGCUGGCAGGCGUGGCGCCAUCGCUGCGUCCUUCGACGCGCAUACGAUAACUUGGCGCAGACCAGCGCUCGUAACCUCGCCUCUCGCAGCCUCCGGGCUUGGCUGCUGGCCUACGUCCACCGCGCACCCGAGUAACUCGUACAACAAUAGACAGUUUUGCCAUGGAUA